CCUCUCAGUCUCCACCAAUGAAAAUAUGGGCUGUUUCAACACCCAUUUUCUGAACUCCUGCUAUAAAAUGGGCCAAUCAAACCCCUCUGCAUUCAUUAUUGCAAGAAUUCUCAACUGACGCCAAAGCUGAUUUUGGAAAACCGUGAAUUCAUCAUGAGUGCCAGAAAGGAUACCAAGUCUUACUUGGUUCAGAGGAAUGAGAAUACCAAUGACAAACGCCUGAAUGGGAACGGAGUCAAUGGGAAGGCCAAUGUCAGUGUAAAUGGAAAUUCUUAUCCUGUCAAAGACAAGCGCCGCAGCAAGACAUGGGACGUUAAGCCUUCUUUGAUGGCUAACAACACCUUUAAUCCCAUCAGGACCAUUGUGGAUGAAAUGAAGAUCUCCCCAAACCCAGAUAAACCCAUGAUAAGCCUUUCGAUUGGGGAUCCUACUGUCUUUGGAAACCUUCCUACGGAUGAUGCAGUACUUCAAGCCAUGAAAGAUUCUGUAGAUUCGCAACAAUACAAUGGCUAUGCUCCUUCCGUUGGUUACUUAAAGAGUCGACAGGUGCUGGCCAACUUUUACAGCUGCCCUGAGGCUUCUAUAGAAGCAGAGGAUGUGAUUUUGACGAGUGGCUGUAGUCAGGCCAUUGACCUGGUUAUCAGUGGCCUGUGUAAUCCACGGGACAACAUCCUUGUUCCACGUCCAGGCUUCUCGUUAUAUAAGACUCUGGCAUUAUCCCUUGGCAUCGAGGUCAGAUUGUACAACCUGCUGCCGGAGAACUCAUGGGAGGUGGAUCUACAACAUUUGGAGAGCCUGGUUGAUGAUAAGACAUCCCUUCUAAUUGUCACCAAUCCGUCCAAUCCAUGUGGCUCUGUUUUCACCAAAGAACACCUACAGAAGAUUCUCACAGUGGCUUCCAGAAACUGUUUACCCAUCCUGGCAGAUGAAAUCUAUGGCAACAUGGUAUUCCCAGGUUGUGACUGCCCCUCCCUGGCAUCUCUCAGCAGUGAUGUACCAAUCAUUUCUUGUGGUGGCCUUGCUAAGCGCUGGCUAGUCCCCGGUUGGAGGUUGGGAUGGAUCCUCAUCCACGACAGAAAAAACAUCUUUGGACCUGAGAUUCGACAUGGCCUCGGAAAGCUUACCCAACGUAUUCUUGGACCCUGCACCAUUGUCCAGGGUGCGCUGGAGGGAAUCCUCAACAACACACGUCUGGGUUUCUAUGAUGAUACCAUUCAUUUCAUUAAGUCCAAUGCUGAGAUUUGUUUUAAGGAGCUGUCCACUGUACCUGGCUUGAACCCCAUCAUGCCCUCAGGAGCCAUGUAUUUGAUGAUUGGAAUCGACAUAAAGAGCUUUCCAGAUUGUCAUAAUGAUGUUGACUUUACUCAACGGCUAGUGAUCGAGCAGUCAGUUUUCUGUCUGCCUGCCACAGCUUUUGAGUACCCCAACUAUUUCCGCAUUGUGGUGACAGUCCCAGAGCAGAUGAUGAUGGAAGCAUGUGGUAGGAUCCGGGAGUUUUGCCUGCACCACUACCGGCCAGGCAGUCACAAUAAUAACGCCCUGGAUCAGUGAGAGUCCAGCUAUUGUGAUGGGAUGGAAAUUAACAUGUAACUGCACAUACUGAGCAUGAAUCUACAUUAAGACCAAGUUUACAUGCUUACCUCAGAUGCGGUUUGUUGUCAUUACAUUUUCAAUGGUCACCUAAAUACUAUGUCUUUUGAAUAUUUUUUAUUUAUAUCAUUACGUAUGUACCAGAUGGUAAACACUUGUUUGUUGUUUAUUUAUCUAAUUGAUAGUUACACUUUUUAGUCUUUAGGAUUUGGGAUUGCAGACCAUGCAUAUGGCAGUACUGUUGUUUUAAUCCUCUUAUUUUGAAGAUGUCUCAUGAUUGUUCUGUACAGAGUGCUUCAUUUGGCUUCUCUAUAUUAUUCAAAUUAUUUUAAAGUAUGUUUUUUCUCCCCUUUACAUUUUAGAAUACAAAACUUCUUUUCAUACUUUAUGGGCAGGGACGCUACUAUUUUGGUCACCACCGCUUAAAAGUUACAAAUAUACAUUGGCCCAUAACAAAUUUCAUCACUUUUUUACCAAUUAGGGUGCCUUGAUGCAUGCGAUGACAUUCAAGUAUUUCUCGAUACGGUACUGCAUUAAUUAUCGAAUAUAAAUACAUUUAUAAUAUUACAGCUGCAAACAGCUUGGGCCCUUGCAGCCCUAGCACUGGCAUGUUGGAAUAUUGACACAUUGAAAUUGGAUUUUAUUUUUUAUGAAGUAAAUCAGGACAAAAGCUCUCUAAAAUGCCAACGGUCAGGCAAAAUCUGAAAGGAAAUAGAAAAUGGCUGACUUUCCAUUGAGUUUAGAGAAGAGCUCCAGAAAGUUUUUGUAGGUCUUGAGCUAUUGUAUGUCUCCAAUUUCUGUUAGAUAUUGGUGAAACGUUCAGCAGGGCUGUUUCAUUCAAAAUUUGUGGAGAGUGCAACAAACCCAUAUUUUUCAAAUGUGCAAUUAACUCUAAAUUAUUAUUUUAUCAAUAAGCGACCUCUACAAAAGAAAUUUCAAAAUGGUGGACUUUAACAGAUGGUUUUGGAGAUCAUGGUCUGUUACAUAUACCUCCCAAAAAUUGACGUUGGUGAAACAUACAACCGGGGCUAAGUCGUUAAAAAUGUGUCAUUUGUAAAAUAUAUUUGUAAAAGUAUAUUUUUAAAAUAGUGAUGUUGUUUCCAGAUUUGAUGGAAUUGCAAAGUUUCAGGAAUUUCUGUGCAUGUUUAGAUUCUCAAGAGUAGUGUCGUUUUCGUGCUACAACAUAAUAAAGGCCUAAGCAAUC